AUGUUGACAGCGAACGGGUGGGGUGUCGAGCACAGAGGGAUCGCCGACAAUGUCCGCCGCUCGUCCAAUACGGGUUUCACGCCCCGUGAGCUCGGUGAUGUUCUGGAUCAACACGUGCACUCCAACGCGCAUUGCGCCACCGUCGACAUUGAUGCCUCGAGUGGCCGGGAUACGAUGUCAGCAUCGUCAGGUGCAUCGUUGCUGGCGUCACUUGCUAACGCCAGCGAGAUGGCGGUGGACGUUCAAUUCGUGCACGACGAGUCAACGGUCGAGAUGUGCCGUGGACAACUCCGGGAGACUGAACGACGGGAAUUCCAAGCGCACGACGAGGGUUGUCCUGAGCGCAAGUGCAAGAUGCCGCUGAGUGAGACCGUCAGUAAACAGAAGGACGGACCGUCCACCGACCACCGACUCGUACACGCAGCAACACAUCUAGACAAAGCAAUGUGCAGUAUAUGA